UGUAAUGAACACAACACAUGCCCUAACCCUCCAAUUUCAUCACUCUUGUAUAAAUUUCACUAUUCAUCUUCCAACAAACAAAUCCGCCAUUUUUCUAUCCUCCAUAACAACUCUCACAUUCGCCUAAAAACUGAACGUUUUCUCUGAUUAUGAGUUUUCACGAUUGAGAUCUGACCUGAGAUGUGGAAAUCGCGCCGGAAAUCUAGCCGUGAAACUGAUAGCAUUAACGGUUUGUUCCGUAGAUCUGCGUCGAAACACAACUUUGUUCGUUCAUCGCUUAAAGAUGUGGAGAAUCUAUUCGCGAAUGAUGAAGAUGAUAGUUAUGGAUUCAACGAAACCCUAGCUAAACCGUCUCCGUGCUCCACCGCCACCACCGCCGCUAGAAGACUGUCGAUCUUCCACCGCGUUCACCUCGCUAACAAAUUCGCUCGUGCCUUCUCCGUUAAUCAAAUCUCGUCGCCGGAGAAAUCUCCACCGGAAUCGAAAAAUGACGACGCGACGGAGAAAUCGGCGAAAUCUGACCGUUUGAUUUCGAUUCCGGUUAAAUCUUCACCGGAAUCGAACAAUGACGUAGCGGCGGAGACUAAAUCUGACCAUGUUGUGUCGCUACCGGCGAAAUACUUACCGGAAUCGAAUAAUGCCACGGCGGAGGAUAAAUUUAUAAUUUCGAUUCAGGCGAAAUCUUCACCGGAAUCGAACAACGUCACGGCGGAGGAUAAAUCGGCAAUAUCUGACUGUGCGGUUACAAUUCUAUCGAAAUCUCCACCAGAAUCUAACAAGGUCACGGCAGAGGGGAACUUAACAAAACCUAACCGUCUGAUUUCAAUUCCGGGAGCUGAAAAGCGAGUGGUAGUAUACACAACAAGCCUCCGUGUGGUCCGGCCGACGUUCGAAGCUUGCCGCACCGUCCAAUCGAUCCUACGAGGCUUCCGUGUAUCAAUCGACGAACGCGAUUUAUCAAUGGACUCAAGAUUCCUCAACGAGUUACGAAACCUAAUGGCAGAGGACGACGAGUUGAAGAGUGAAAAGACGAAACUAACCUUACCUACAGUUUUCAUCGGCGGUAGGUACAUCGGCGGAGCAGAAGAGGUGAGGCAGCUGCACGAAACUGGUGAGUUGAAGAAGAUUAUUGAUGGUUUGCUGGCGGUUAGCUCCGCCGUGUGCGGUGGUUGCGGCGGUUUUGGAUUUAUCCUGUGUGACGAGUGCAGGGGAAGCCAUAAGUGUUACUCGGAGAAAGGUGGCUUUAGGAGUUGUACGUUGUGCAAUGAGAAUGGUUUAGUUAGGUGUACUUGUUUUGACCGUUAGAUGAAGAAGAUAUAGAUAUAAUCUAAUGAUAGUCAGAUGGUUUAUUUUCAUUAUGACCAUUUAAAAGAGCUUUUUAGGGCAUUUGCAUUAUUUUACAUUUUUUAAAAACA